AUGACGAUCAGUACUUGUAACGCUAACGCCCAUACGCUUGCAUCGAACGCUGAAAAUGAAGAUCUGAUAUGCAAGCCAGGAAGCUUAAGUACGACGCCACCAACAACCGAAACGAGACAACUUCAUUCACUUAGCGCCAUGUAUGACACUGGAGAAGAACUGUUCUUAGGAACUGGCGACAGUAGAAGAGUUGGUGGAGUUGAUGUUCUCGUCAACACGAGUAUGGCAGAGAACAUCGGCUCUUUCAAACAACUUGCGACCCGAAUCAGACGUAUGAGAAGGAGAAGAUGUGGUGCAACGCCUGCUUCGACAGUCUUCGUCGCUUACGGUCAAAUACCAAACUACGAAGAAGGAGUUGAUGAUUCUAAAUGGACUUAG